GACGAGUGUGAAGGUGAUGAUGAUGAGGAGUGUGAAGGUGAAUAUGAUGAUGAUGAUGAGUGUGAAGGUGAUCAUGACGAGGAGGUUGAUGCUACUGCGAAGGGUAAAGAUGAUAAAAGACGAUCUUUCUUUCGUAAAAGCAGUUUCAAACACGCAUUCACAUCAUCCUAGAAAAAAAUAAUACUUUAGUAUAACCUUUAACAUAUAAAACUUAAAUGAUUAAAAUUUUAAUGACGUAUAUUACCUCGACGCUAAGAUAGUAGAUAUGCCCAGUUUUCUCCAGAGGCACAACGCAGAGAAAAAAAAAACCAAGGCACACGCGUGAUGAUGUGACGAAAACUGCAUAAAGUCGGAAUCUGCAAAUACACACAAUAUUAUUGUAAGAAAACUUGUUAGAUUUGAAUUUUGUGACAAAUACCAAAGUUGAGGGUCAAAAAAAGGAAAAAACCAAAGUUUAAGGGAAAAAAGAAAAGUACCACCGACCUUUCAAAAUAAGAGUAUAUAAAUAGAGCUAGUUUUUUUACACCCCCUUAUUCUUAUUCAAAAAAUUCCGUUGAUAGCCACCGCCAUGAACGCUGCAUGGCUCGCAAUUUUCACUGUGGUACUAGCCACCUGGAAAAUAACUCGGGCUCCAUCUCCUCCGAUGCCACCAGGACCUAUCAAUGACCUUUUCUUCAUAAAAUUAAUAUCAUUAGCAUCAUCUGAUAUAUUGUAGCGGAGAUGUCUACGGGAAACGUCUUGUUUCCAGGUGGAAGUGAGUUGGAUCAGCUGCAAAGCAUUUAUAGGGUGCUUGGUACACCGACAGAAGAGGUGUGGCCUGGGGUUACCAGGCGAAAGAUGUGGAAUGAAGAUGCUCCGAAGUUGCCCCCGCAGAAUUUGGCAUCGAUUGUUCCAUCAUUGGGAGACGAGGGAAUUGAUCUUUUAGCGAAAAUGCUCACCUAUGAUCCGGCGAAGCGGAUCUCGGCUAAAGUCGUGCUUCAACAUCCCUACUUUGUUGGCUUGGAGCAUGGCAGUCGUGGAACUUAAAGGUUCAAAUUCAGCGGCUACCAAAAAAGAUCUAGGAUGCAAGGUUUGACUUUUGAAGAAUUUUGGAGAAAUAAAUUUUGAGAUGUAAUUCUGUUGGUUUUAUAAUUUCCUAUAUAGGGUGUAUGUUGGUGUAAACUGUGGUGUGGUGAUGACUUACCUUAAUUGCCAAGGGGUUUUGCCUUUUUUGGUAUAAAAAUACAUGGUAUGCUAAUGAAACCAAA